AUGCCCGAUUUCGCAACUCCUCCCCCAAACCCUCAACACGCCGUCCUCUCCUUUCCGGCACCGCACGUCCUCCUCGUCACGCUGAACAGACCACGCGACCUCAACUGCAUCAAUGCGCAGGGUCAUGCUGAUCUGCAUGAUGUGUGGGAGUGGAUGGACGAAGAGCCUAGCCUGCGCAAUGGAACACUCAAGCCAACAACACCGGCAAAAAAGCCCCCCCAACCCCCCUCGGGCUUCGGCGGCGUAGCACGCCGAAAAGGCAAAAAGCCACUCAUCUGUGCCAUAAACGGUCUCUGUUUCGGCGGGGGUGCCGAAAUGAUCAUCAACGCGGACAUCGUAAUCGCCGCAUCUCGGGCGGUAAUCGGUUUACCAGAGGUAAAGCGAGGCGUCGUUGCUAUGGCGGGGGCUUUGCCUCGUCUCGUGCGGACUGUAGGGAAACAGCGUGCUAUGGAGAUGGUUCUUACGGGGCGGACGUUGUCAGCUGUGGAGGCUGAGCGGUGGGGAUUGGUGAAUGAAGUGGUUGAGGUUCCUGAUUCUGGUCGGGGUAAGGAUGAGCGGGAGAAUGAGGAGGUUUCGAGGAUUAUUGUUGCGAGGGCUUUGGGGUUUGCGGCUGAUAUUGCGGGGAAUAGUCCUGAUGCGGUGCUGGUUAGUCGGGAGGGGGUUAAGUUGGGUUGGGAGGGGAUUGGGGCGGAUGAGGCUACGGGGAUGUUGAGUGAGACUUGGGUUAAGAGACUUUAUGAGGGUGAGAAUAUUAAGGAAGGAUUGCAGGCGUUUGUGGAGAAGAGAGCGCCUCUAAUCAUACUACACAUUGGAUACUACAAGUCGUAA